GAAAUGCUAGGACUUUUCAACAGCUGUAGGUUUUCACUUUGACCAGGUUUCGGAAGGGGCAUGCGUAUGGUCGUGAGUACCGGGGCAUCUGUGUGCAUAUAUCUGAGCGCUUGGAAAAGAAGGCCCUAGUGGGCACAAGAGGCAGUGUUGGCUUAACUGCGAUCUCGCUUAUCCGUCUAAGCAGUUCCAAUUCAUCCGUGAGAUCCUCAGUUCCGAUGAAAAGGAAGUCCAAUUCCGGGAACAAAGAGAUCGAGUUUCCAGCAAGAAAAAGCUCCGCAAAGAUUAGGGGUCACCCGCGGGUUGACCCACCACUUUCAACCGCCUUCAAGCCCAGCCAUCGAAAGACAAGCGACACAUUACCCCGCCCAUCAAUCCAGCCCCAUUGUGAGUGACACGCCCAUGGCGUCCGAUGACGAACCACGCCCGGGCAACUGGGACAAGGCCUGGAAUGAUCCACCCCUAUUCAGUUACCAGGCCACCAGUGCCAAGGCCAGUGAGCCCACGGGCGUCAAAUUGAAUAAACGUGUGGGGUUUCCGGGCACGCUAGCCCCAGCUACGCCGAACUCCAGCGUGGCAACGCCCGUUCCGCUGGCCUCGGGCUUAGGGUCGGCCCUACCCCCGCCCCCGCUCAAACUACAUGAUGCUGGAGCUAAAUCUGAAGGCGGGCUCUAUGUGCCGCCUCCACCCGUCGGCGGACCCUGCCUCCCGCUCAGACCCCCGGCUUCUGACAACGCAGGUAAAUCCCAGGCGACUUCAGGACCCACCCCAGAGGUGGUCUAUGAUUGUGACUCGGUGGUGGCAUUGUUGAACCAGUCCUUGGCUCGAUCCUCUUUGGCCACGAAAAAAGCUCAAGAUAUCCAGAAACGUAUCGAUACCAUGGCCGAUAAAUGGAAAGCGGGUGCCUUGAACCCGCCCGUUCAAACGGGGAUGGGUCGAAUAGCGGAUUUGUUGGAGGCUGAAGAUGCGGCCAGUGCGGAGAAGAUCCAGCUUUCGUUAAUGGUGGACUGGCCCGCUGUGUGCGGCUCUUGGCUGGUGGGCAUCAAGCAUUUGAUUAUCAGCUGCAAGGAGGACCAGGCCGGUAGCCCUCUCCCGUGAUUGGGUUGGCAGCGGCAUAUUUUAUGCACAAUUGUGAUAUGGUGAUCUUGAAUCCAGGACGAACCUAUGUAUCAAUGCCCGUGAUUUAACAAAAAUGUGCCACAUUUCGGCUUCAAAUUUGGAGGCCUUUGUUGGAUUACAGAAAUGAGUGAAUGUAA